AUGCGUAAUGGAUUGAGGCGGUUAUUGGCUACGGCAUACCACGAGAGCGAUAUAAAAUAUAUUUACGAAUGUAAAAUAUAUUACAAGGAGAACGAAUAUAAUUUUUUUUAUUGCCGCUAUCACCUUUUCUUAAAUUUAAAUUGUCUUUUUAUCAGCCGAAACAAUGGUUAUGCAAUUUCCACCCCAACAUCUGAACAAUAUCGAGGAGAUGGAAUAGGUAAGUCAUAAGUAUGCUAAAUUUAUGUAUAGGUAAUAUAAGUAACAUAAACUGUUAAUAAAGACGGAAAAUUUUACUUUAUUGCAGCCAGUGACAUAUAUAGCCAGGACUUCUAGUCAAUGGGGGCCAAAACAACCCCAGGGGCCCGGGGCCCAAAAUACCUAUUUAAUUAUACAAACGAAUCCAGAACAUUUAAAACAUAGGGAACCGCCUUGUUGGGUUGUUAAGAAGAGUCAAAUCUAUAUAGAGAGCUCAUGAGAUGCUUUUAUUUGGAAUAUGUUUUGUAAAUGUUUUGGAAAUGUUUUGGAAACUCUUGGUCAUUUAUAGUACAGUAAAUGACUCAACAACAUCUUGUUUCGUAGCUGGUCGUUCUCGAGAUUGUGGUAUUCGUUCAAUAAGAGUUGACGGUAAUGAUGUCUUCGCAGUCUACAACGCCACGAAAGCUGCCAGGGAAUAUGUUGUUCGGGAGUCUAAGCCUGUUUUGAUUGAAGCUAUGACCUAUAGGUAUACAAAUCCGUUGAUAUAUUUUUUCAUCUGCAGAGAUUAUAAAGAUUAAAGUGCCUAAGACCCGAAAUUUCACCCCAAAUGUUUAUGAUUGCAUUGUAAAGAUCACUUAAAAUGAUUUAAUAAUUUCUUUUAUAGAAUUUUGGUAACUUGCUUCCUUUGCAAGAUAUUCAACUUUGUUUCAUAUGCAAAUAUUACCGGUGUGACAUCACAUCGCAUAAUGACAUUUUGAAAACGCAAUAUUUUACCUUGAUAAAAUAUUUUUACAAACAAAUACAGAAGGUUAAUUACCAGUUAUGGAAUUAAUACAUAUACAAGAGCAAUUUUUAAGUUUUUUAGAUACGUAUUCAUUCAAAACUCAUUAUGUGAUGUGAUGUAACACCGGUGAUAUUUGCAUAUGAAACAAAGUUGAAUAUCUUGAAAAGGGAGCAAGUUACCAAAAUUCUAUAAAAGAAAUUAUUAAGUCAUUUUAAGUGGUCUUUACAAUGAAACCGUAAACCUUUGUGGUGAAAUUUCGUGUCAUAGGCACUUUAAAGUGCUUAUGAAACGAAAUUUUUGCCUUCUUUUUUAUUGUUUUAUUAAAAGGUACUGCUCAAAUGAUGAAGAAUGACGUUUACAGUUUAUUCAUAUCUCAUUCCCAAGUUAUCGCACUUUGUAUAUUUUGAGUGGUGACGUCACAAGAAGGACUUGCGAUAAUGGCAAUAACAAGAAAGUCUAUAUAUAGGCCGUAUGCUGUGACCUCGAAAAGUAUGGAGGGUGAUUACCCCCAAAAUUAAUGUUUGAAUUUUGCAUUACAAGUUCUAAAUUUUGUUGUUCGUUCCGUGCUUUGUGAUAUCAAUUAAUUGAAUUUUGAUAUUAAAGAAUUGAAUUUUGAUGUUCGCAAUUGCAUUUGCACUUCUGGUUGCGCAUUUUGUCCUUAAGCAUUCCAUUGUGAUGACGUAACAUUAUGCGUGACCCUCAGAAUACAAUUUUCAACACGAUUUAAUUAUAAUUUAUUUCCCGCAAAAAUUUUAAUUAUCUCUAAUUAUUCCAACAUUAUUACUUCGGCAGUUCGGCUGUUCAGCAUACGGAUAAAAUGGCCGAGAACCGUUAAAAAUCGCAAGAAGCAGCAACUUUAUUACGCCGUGCAGCAAGCAUUUUAAUGCAAAAUUCUGCUGAAAGUGAAGGAUGUUGUGCAAGGAAUAGCAAUAUGGGCAUUACAGUGCGUCCAAUUGAAUUCAACCUGCCACAAGUCAACAAGCCACAACCUCUAGUCACGAUGAAUUUCGGCGACUAUUCGCCCUGUACAAUAGGGCGAACAAUUGCAUCCUCGUUCAUCAACCUCCGGCGAAGCGCGGUCGAGGUAAUUCUUUAUUUAUUAUUUAUUUAUUUAUUUGAUUUUGCCCAAUAAUAUUUAUUUAUUUACAUGAAAAUUCUAAUAUUAAGGAAGAAGAGGGCUAGGAGUCUAUUUGAAACCAUUUGGCUUUUUUACUUAGACCCCUAGAAAUAUAUUUACAAUUGUUUUUUUAAUUAAUUAAGUAAACCAGUUCAAAAUCAAAUUAUUACAGUAGUCAAUUUUGCGAAUAUAUACGGUAUAUUAUAAUAAUACAAUUACAAUUACAAUUUGAUAUUCAUAGUAAUCAAUAAUCAUAGAAAUAAUUCUUGGGGACAAACGCGUUCUUUUAAGCCACAAGAUACGUGGACACACGAUUUUUUUGUUUGGCAAACGCCACAAGUAGCUCGCUGAAUUAACUCGUAAAUAAUGCACUUUAAAGAUGUGAAAUGUAUGAAGUAAAUCUUGAUGUGAAAUUGUGAAUACGCUGAAUACGAUAAUUUACAAAUACAAACUCUUCACUUCUAAAAACUCCAGCAAAAACACUCCUUCAGCUCGAAUAUAAAACGCUUAGCAAGCGUCUUGUUUACUGUUAAUUUAUAUGCAUGAUCAUAUUACAUGUAACAUUAAAAUUAUUUGUGGCAAAUAAAUUAUAAUUAAAUACGAGUUGAAAAUUGUCUUCUGAGGGUCACGCAUAAUGUUAUGUCAUCACAAUGGAAUGCAACCAGAAGUGCAAAUGCAAUUGCGAACAUCAAAAUUCAGUUCUUUAAUAUCAAAAUUCAAUUCAUUGAUAUCACAAAGCAUGCACGGAACGAACAACAAAAUCUAGAACUUGGAAUGCAAAAUUUAAACAUUAAUUUUGGCGGUAAUCACCCUGCAUAGAAAAGUGCCUAGAAAGCGAUUUUCAUUUCACCUGUCUUGGAACUGAAAUAUUUUUGCGGGAACUUAACACUUUCGAACACGCUGAGUUUAAAUCCGAAAAGUUCCCGCUCUAUAGACCUGCAGUUUUCUCACAAAGUGCAAUUUUAUCUUCACUAAUUUCACGACAACUUUUUUCAUUGUUCCACGAUACGGAUCGAUGACGACAAACGAUUAUGUCACUCAAAAAGACCAAUUUCUAUUAACCAGUCUUCCUUUUAACAAAAGACUGGUUUUGCUCAAAUCAUUUUGAGUUAUGUUAUAUUAUGCGUGUUGGACGUAAACAACAUAUCUUGUCUACAACUUUGGGAAGGUACAGAUAAAGCUUUCUGAAAUCCUCAGUUCUGGCUCUAUCUCAAUAAAAUUACAAGGAUGUUAAUACUAAAUCUUUUGGCUAUGUCUCUGGGCUGAGAAAUAAUUCCUUACAUGCGAUCAAAAUGUUUCAUACAACGAUGUAAAGCGGUAAUGUUAUGUAAUGGGUCAGCAUUUAAAUUUCCAACACACUUUUUGAGACGUAAUUCAAGAGGUAACUUAUCAUUGCAUUUGAACUAUUAUAUCAGUUGAUGUUGGAAAGAGGGCUUUCAUAUACGUUGUAAUCACCAAAUAAACAGCUCAUGCACACAUUUCUCCACUUCGUCGUAAGUUUACAGAGCAGAUUUUAUACUUUGGCACUGAUAUUUGUCUUUAAUGUGAACAUUUAUUCUUCUAGUUUAAGACUUUAAGAGUGAACCUGUCGUAAGUCUUCCACCAGCAACCCAUCGACAAUAUUUCAUUUUAUUGUUGUCUUUGCCGUUCCGUUGGCUUCGCGUUACUUUUGUUUUAAAUACCUUGAUCGCGUUAAAAGAGUUAUUUCUCAGCCCAGAGACAUAGCCAAAAGACUUAGCAUUAACGUGCUUGUGAUUUUAUUAAGAUAGAGCCAGAACUGAGGAUUUCAGAAAGCUUUAUGUGUACCUUCCCAAAGUUGUAGACAAGAUAUGUUGUUUACGUCCAGCACGCAUAAUAUAACAUAACUCAAAAUGAUUCGAGCAAAACCGAUCUUUUGUUAAAUAGCCCGCGUGCAGGCCCAAGGGAACUGAUAGUGGGCCUGCAAGCAAGGCCCGGUAUUUUGUACUUUCCGCGUUCGUCCACGAACGCGGCAUUCAACUUCCGUCGCAGGGACUUUCCACCGGCUGGGAAAGACCCUGCUAUCGGCUGGUCACGUGUCUCCCAGAAUCUGGGAGAUAACAAACAAUUUCAAUUAGGGUUCAAAUAUAACGGAGCGGUAGUAUGGAAUAAUUUACCGUAUGAGGUAAAAGUAGCGGAAUCUUUAAGUUCUUUUCAAAGAACUAUUAAUCAGGCAAACACUUAAAAUUGGCUCGUCCUGUUGCCUACUGUACAUAUAAUUCUUCUUUCUUUGUUUUUGUAUUUUUAAUGUUUACCUAUACUGUAUAUUUCUUCAAAUCACGCCCCUCAUGGAAAUCAGCUCCUAGUUGUUGAGGCCAGCGUGCUAAAAUAAAUUUUUGUAUGUAUGUAUGUAUGUAUGUAGGGUGGGUACCUAAGUACGUUUUGUCAUUGAGCAAGGAGUGAGCGAAGAAAUAACUCAGAAAUCAUGCAGGAAAUAUUUACAAAAUUGUAUAUUUUAUUUGUCAUGAAGACUAUCAAUGUUACACAACAGUAAAUAUCAAAUUUCAUUGUGCGCAGAAUGUCGGUGAGCAAAGAUAGAUCAGAUUUCAAUAGACAAAUUAUGCCGCCGAUACAGCUCGUCGAAGAAAUCAACACGUCGAAAACGUUACAAGAAAAUAUAUUUCUACACCAGUACCGAUCGAUGUGGCUGUUAUUUAGCUGUUCAUAUCUAUCCUAAAGGAUUUAUUUAAUACUGAGAUGUGUAACGAAAUAUAUAGAGAUCUUUUGAUUUCUGAAAUAUCGCAAACUAUGUUACUUUGUAAACAAUGCUACUCGGACUGCUGAAACUUCAGUACCAUCCUCAGAGCUUGAUGCUCAAGAAAUAUGUCGAAGUAUACCUCCCUGUUAUCAAACCUACGGUAAAAUAAUCCGACAAUAGCCUACUCAAAGAUAAGUGAUAGAUUCGUCUGUGCGUGUACGUUACAAAUACGAAUACUGAAUAUGUUUGACUGCUUUGACAUUUGAAUAGAGAAUGCAGUCCUCAUGAUAAAUUUGAUAAAUAGCUUUACUGUAAUGAAAUUACUUUACUGUAAUGAAGUACUUUGUGAAAUAUAAUACUGAAUCAAACUCUAUGCAAGAGUUAAUAUAUCUGUGGUGGGUACAUAUGGCUAUAUAUGACUGCAUAUGCAUAUCAGACUGAGUGUAAUAUCAGUGUUUAUGCCGUUGUCUAUUCCGUGGUUUAUGGCAUUAUCUAUGACUAUGUUCAUAUUUAUAUAAAGUGUGUACUGUAUAUCAGAAAAAUACUGUUAUAAAUAUUGCUGUUACCCCAUUACUUAGUGCAUGGAGGCCAAAAAAUUAUCAGGCUAAAGCCGUGCCUGAGGCUGAAAAUUGUUGUACUUUUCGAGUUGUACUUUACUACCUGCCAACCUCCUACCCUACCGAUCUACAGGGUUUCUAAAAAAAUAUGAUGAACUAUUUAAUUAAAAGUAUUUUCAGAGAUAAACCAUCGACAGUUUUAAAGUGAGCAUUUAGUCCCUGUUCGGCAGUGUCCACAUGUUUACAUUGUGAUUUGUGACAAAAAGUUAAUUACAUUUCAAAAUUUUAUCAACCUUCACUAUAAAAUGAGACGCGUACUAUUAGUAAAUCUGCACAAAGUUUAUCAACGUUUUCAAACAACAAAUCUAAUGUCAUAUUUUCGGAACAGAUAAAAGUGAAAAUAUACAAACGUUGAGGACUGACCAGUUUGAUAUGAAAAUAUGUUUCAAGGGAAUACCUAGGCUCAGAUUCCAGCCGUUGUGUUCACAACGGCUGGAAUCUGAGCCUAGGGAAUACCCAACUUCAAAGUUUAAAGUAUACAUUUUAUUUGUUUCUUGACUUGACUGUUGAUAAAAUUCUACAGUGUUUUUGUAAUUUAAAAGCAAACGGAGGUAUAAAAUAGAAGUUAGCGGACGCUUCGAACUAUAUAUCGUAAAAUCCCACUCCUGGUAUUUGAAAUGCAAUUUGAUACUCUGCCACUCCCCCUUGGGCAAUCAAUUUUUGUCGAGUCACAUGACCAGCCGAUACCAGAGUCUUUCCCAAAAAGACGCUGGGUACGAGGAUGCGCGGCAUUCUGAUUGGCUGUUUGCUGUUCGAUUCUAUAAUUAGGUCAGUGAUUCAUCACAAAGGCAUAGACAAAGGCUCUCGAUCAGCUUAAAAUUCGAAAAUUGAUCACUUUUUUCGAUUACAAAUGGAACAAGAACAGACUGUUUAUUGUUUACUUUAAGGAAGAAAUGUUUUGUCGUGAGGUGUUGGAAUAGCAACAUUUAAUACGACUGGGGUAAACUAUAGUAACCUUUACUUGAGUUUCAUUAAUUUCAAACAGACUUGAUACGUUAUAUAUUCCUCAAGAAAAUGAUCUUUUGGUUGAUGCCGGAGAUGCAGUUGCAUGUAAGCCUAUUCAAAAUACUUUGCGAUUUACAAGGCUUCGCUGAGAGAGCAAAACAGAAGACGGUAUUAAAUUGCCGUUUGAAACGAAACGAUCUGGACUCUGAACGCUCUCUUCUUUUGUAGAGUUCUCACCAAAUGAAAUAACUGAAAUAAAUUUCGUACUUUCCGCCGCCAACAAGAAUUGCACACGCGAUCUGAUAAGUGAGACAAUUUAUUUAUAACAAUGGCGACAGCGAAGCACACAUUAUAAAUGCUGAUGUGGUCACACGACUUCCCUCACGAUUUGAAGUUUGAGACUGGUUUUCUGUUGAAAUUCGUCUUAAUUUGCCUGUUCCGAUUUUAGUUGAAAAUGAGCACUUGCAAAUUUGGCAAUUACUGACUGCGUUGCUUGCUUUUUUGGAGUUUUAACACAGGCAUUUGCACAUUGUUUCUAUUUUGAAUAUUAAAGCAGAGAAAACCCCGCAACAUUUUAAUGCGAGUAUGUUUGUUAAUAUUUGGGUUGCUGUCAUUGGUUCUUUUUUGACAAUUGACGCGCGAAUGGGGCGUGUUAUGAAAAGGAGCGUUUUACAAAAUACCGGGCCUUGCUUGCAGGCCCACUAUCAGUUCCUUUGGGCCUGCACGCGGGCUAAUUGUUAAAAGGUAGACUGGUUAAUAGAAAUUGGUCUUUUUGAGUGACAUAAUCGUUUGUCGUCAUCGAUCCGUGUCGUUGAACAAUAAAAAAAGUUGUCGUGAAAUUAGUUAAGAUAAAAUUGCAGUUUGUGAGAGCGAGGAACUUUUCAGAUUUGAACUCAGCGUGUUCGAAAGUGUUAGUUCCCCAGCCUAGUCCAAGUCGUUCUGAAGCAAGCGCGAGAAAAAACGUGGAUGUAAUACGAGACUGGGACCUACUGUCUGAAAAUGACAUAAAAAAAAUAUCGAUAAUUUUCACCCAAGGCAGGCCUUUUACUAUAAUUUUUUUAUGCUGCCAUUGCUUUAGGAUAACAAACAGAUUGUUUAAACUGGUUUAAUUGUUUUUUAAAGCAUAUUUAUAAUUUUGUGGGUGAGCGACUUUUGGGCAUGAUAUGCGCUUUGCUGAACUAAUUAUGCAGACGCAGUAAGACGAGUUUUCAACAAAAGUACUUUAAGUGCGGAACCAAAUUCUCACUAAAUAUAACAGACUAUAGAGUUGUUUUAGUGUAUACGCAUCCGAAGCGCUCACUAUUUUCAGAUUUUUUAUAAGAAACGCAGCCCAACGGCGACUGUAGAGCGCCUUUAAUCUAACGGUGACGUCACACGGUACACGGCUGUGUAGCGUGGUGAUUAAAAUAUUUAAGCUGUGUAUUCUUUACUAUACGCUACACAGCCGUGUACCUAGACUUUCCAAAGUCCUUUCCAGACCCUUCUAUGGCGCGCUUCGCUUCCUCUGUGGAAAGGACUUUUGUCACUUGCAGCGCGCCAAAUAUCACCGGUGGAAAAAUCCACCGGUGACGUCAUUGUUUACAUUGCCGAUUUGCCGAAGCGGUUUACAUUAUUAUUAUUGUAUUACAAUAUUACAUUCUCAAGCUUUCUUGUUGAACAAAUGUGUACUAUUGAAGCAAAUAGAGUAAACAAUGUAAUUACAAUUUUGUAGAACACAAAAACCAUGUGAAAAUAUACAAACAAGCAUUACAUUGAGUAUGCUAUAUUUAAAAGUACAGGAUGUCGAAAUAAACUUUAUUAAUCAGUGUCACCGCGUACCGAAGAUGCAUCUAAUGAUUCUAAAAUUUCCACACUAGUUUCGGGUUUAGUUUGGGUUUCUUGAUCUCGAUUACUGAUUAUUAAUACAAAAUCAUUUGUUGAGAAAACAACGCGUAUUUUUACCGGAUUUUGAACUCUGGCGUUGAUCACAAUCGCCGCCUCUCUGCUUCGCGGUUACAGUUGUCUGAUUCUUUUCAAUUAGAUUAUUAAACUUCUACUACUAAUAUUAAAUCGCUCGCGAACUGAAUCAACUUUCUAUAAUAAGUCUAAUAAAUUACUUUUCUUGUUGGCACAAUUACGGCACACAUUGUUAGACAAACAACUGUCCAGAUAACAGAUUCAAUAAAUUUUUACAUGCACUUGUUUUUGUUGAUACAUUAAACAGCUUUCGGCGCUUACUUGGGUCAGUUAUUUCGUUUCCACACUCGGUGCAAACUGUUUCAUUCGAGGACAAAGAAAUAUCAAUUCUUGGGAAUGUUUUUGUAGACCAAUUGACGGCGCGGUGAAGUAAUUGUAUGAAAUGUACACACCCCUUUUAUGUCAAAAUUAUUCGCGCCAAAAUUUUUAAUGUGAUUUAAAUUCCUGCAAGGAACACAAGUCGACCACUCGCGACUUCGUCGCUCGGGUCGCGUGUUCCCUUCCCCGCGCCCUCCCUCCGCCAUGGUCGACUUGUGGCAAGUCUACCGUGUACCGUGUGACGUCACUGUUAGAUUAAUUUAAAGGCGCUCUACAGUCGCUGUUGGGCUGCGUUUGUUAUAAAAAAUCUGAAAAUAGUGAGCGCUUCGGAUGCGUAUACACUAAAAUAACCCUAUAGUCUGUUAUAUUUAGUGUGAAUUUGGUUUCGCUGCACAGCCGUGUACCGUAUCAAUUUACUAAACUUUCAAAAUAAUAUAACUUACACAUUUGUACAGUUUUAUACAGUUAUAUUGUAUGAAUACACGGGAAUAUGAUGCUCCAUGCUGCAAACUCAUUGCAAAAUGUUGCAGGCUAACAAAGGAUCUACAUUAUGAUUUAUGAAAUGCAUGUAUUACCAAUAAUGCAAAUGAUUCAUGCUCAGAAAAUAAAGAUAGAUCUGUUUAGCUCUAAGUUAUGAGGUAAACAAACCUCGCAUUUUUUUGCUGAACAUUUUGCACUGUCUGACUAAGUACUAUAAGACAUCGUCGUUCUCCACAAUGUUCAAAAAUUUAUUAUACGAAUAUAUUUAUUUUUAGAGUUGCUGACUAAGUUGUAAUUGUAUAAAUCCCGAUAAUACGUAAAAGGCCACUUGACAUGUAAUGUGAUAGGUGACACUUAACGUAGAUCGGAAAGUAAAAAAAAAAACUAAAUAUAACCUGAUUUACUAAUUGUUUGCUCCUUUUGCUAAACAAACAAGCCUAUUUUAUUAUUGGAUCGAGCCUUAAAUUCAUGAAAUCGGACGGUUGGAAAUAUGUGAUAAUUUCAGACAAUCCUGGCAAAAAUUAUCGUGGACAGCGCGUGCGUCAAACAAAAAUAGGUCUAUUUCUACAUAAUUAAUCCGCCAGAAAAUUUCUCCCCCUCCUACCCCCAAUUCAAUGUUGGUAAAUGAAGCUUUUAAAAUUUGAAUGCGAGAUACAACAUUGAAUAAGGGGCUGGAGAGCGACAAAUUUCAUGAAAGAACGUCUCAAUGUUAAUAUUGGCGUUAGAAAAGUUAGGUGUCCACAUAAUUUUUGCCAGGAUUGUAAGUGUGACGUCACUGCUAAAGGUGCUUCAGAACCACUGAGCUAUACUUAUAUAUCUGGAGAUCGUGCUCUCGACGAAAGUGUGUGGCCAAAAACAUGGCGGAUUUGACGUCACAAUCGACCUAUUUUCAUGGGGGUUUCCACUGACUCGUGGCUCGAAUGUUCGUGGGCGACAAAGUUCAACCCCCCCUGGAUUUUACAGUGAUUUUGUAUGUUUAUAUUAGUUGAUCGACAGAGAGUAUAUUUUUGAUUUUCGUCCUUUUGAAAAUACAGUAUUAUUCUAACUGCGCGUAUAAAUCAAUAAAGACCGAAAGCCAUUAAUAAAAAAAGACAUGAAUGGAGCUUGACGGCCACAAGAACAAAGCAUGUAAGUCAUUGAAAUGAUUUAUCAAUUCUUGUUGUAUUGUGAAUUGGUUGCAACUGAACUGACUAUCAAGAUUAUUCUUUAAAACACGAGUAUUAUAACAAUCCCCAGCAAGUAAAAUUAAGCAAAUAUAGCUUGUUGAAAACCGUACUGCUAUAAAUUUCCCUGAGUGACAAAGGUUUUUUUAGAGAUUUUAAUACCAGUUUAUUCUAUUAGUAAAUUGUGGGGAAAAGCAACUCUUUGGAAUAUAAAGCACUUAUAUCACCAUUAAAGUGGGAUUUGAACCUACAACCUUUGGAAUACUGGCCCAAUGCUCUGCCAACUGAGCUAUACAGUCGGGGCAGUUCGAGUAUGCGAUAUUUCGGAACUGAGUCUAGUUCCUUCGAUAUCAGUGUAAUCUAAUAACCAUGAUAUUUGUGAAUAUGAUGCUUGUGUGAUGUUACUCUGAGUGCAUAUCCACACCGGGCAAGCUUGAAAAAUAUGCCAAGCCACAUUGGGAUUCAAACCGACCUGACCGCGUAGCUCAGUUGACAGAGCAUUGCCAUUUGGGCUAGUAUUCCAAAGGUCGUAGGUUCAAAUCCCACUGUGGCCAGGCAUAUUUUUCAAGCCUGCCCGGUGUGGAUAUACACUCAGAGUAACAUCACACAAGCAUCUCAUUUCAUCAUGUUCCUCCAGAUAUUCAUACACUUCCUGUGAAAGAGCCAAUUCCAAGUAUUUAAUCAUUUCUGGUCACUUCCUUUCUAUUUAUAAUUGGUUAGUUGCACAAACAACAAAGGUGAUUGGUGCAUUCAAACCAUUUAACAGGAAGUUUACAAUUAUACUAGGAAGUGUAUGAAUAUCUUGAGGAACUUAAUCAAAUGAAUUGGUUAGCCCAAGGUAAUGUAUUGAAUCAAUAUUUGAGGAACACUUCAAUUGGAACGACAGUGAAGAAUUAUUAAAAAAAAUAUUUUAUUCAAAAAAAGAUUUUCCAAGAUAAUUAUAUAAUUACAUUUAGUAAUAAGAAUAAAUAAUAUAUUCAAUUUCAAAUCACAACAAAAUUUAUUCUUUAUUUUUAAACACAUACAAACACCAAUUUAAUUAAAUAAACUGCUCAACCAAUUCUAUGCAUGUCAAUCCCUACUUGAUGGUCAGCACCUACAGUAAUUAUGCUAGCCUAAUUUGUACACUAACCCAAAUGGUCAAAAUAAAUGUAAAUGUAGCAAUCUUGGCUUAGCUAAACAGACCAAAAUGUGUACAAAUAACUUAAAGUUGUUAGCAGAAAAAUUAAGGAAUAAAUUUAACCCAUUGAGUGGCGAAGCACCCUAUUUUAGUAUUUUACUCUGUCUAACGCCAGACAAUUUUACUUGUCAAGGGGAGAGCACUGGCGCUUAAUGGGUUAAUUACCCCUCAUGUACAGUAUGGCCAUUAAUUGUACUGAUAAUAAACUGUAAAGAUCACAACCAAGCUGACCAAAGCAAUCAUUAAAGAUUGUUGGUACAGCAUAUGGCUUUAACACUGGUCUCUGGCUGUAAUCAUCCUCAAAGAUAUCGGCACUAAAAUGCUUUGAACACAAACGACUAUUUUUCAUAGAAACAAACUUCACUCUGUCUGGCAUAAGUUUGCUUAUAUUCUUCACCCAUAUGCUGUGCAAUUCAGGGAAUCUCUUCUCAUCUGGAAAGCUUUGAAGUAAAUGAACAAUUGUUUUUAGUGUCUAGUUAAUACACUGUUCAAUACGAUACCUAUAACUUACAAUAUAAACAAUGCCACACUAGACAACACAUGGUUUAGUCCACAAUAAAGACAAUACAAUGAGUGAAAGGCUUUGUACAUUUAAAGCUAGUCGUAUCUUUAUCACAUUGUUAAAAUUCUCAUUUGAAUUUUUUUAACAUUAAGCAUUAUCUGUUAGGAUAUCGAUAAGAUUUCAUCACUGCAUCACAUCCAUCAACUUGCAUGAAAAUAAAUACUUGCUCAACAACAGCUCCACAAGCUUGUCAACAUUUUAAAAUUUUGUUCUGCUUUUGCACUGUAGUACACUAACAUUGUAUUGUAUGUUGCUUGCCAAUAAAUUUCAUGAAUUCACAAAUUUACGCAUUCAAUACAGCAAUACAGCAUUGCGUUAAAUUAUUAAAAAAAAAGAGAUUAUACGAGCCUUACGCAUGUGAGGACAGGUCCUUUCUUUCAGUAGAUUUUUGGCAACCAGGAAUUGAACAAAAAAUUGGCAUGGUUGCAAAUGUCUCGUUUCAAUAUAGAAAUUUCCGACCGAAAUUUUGAAUUUACUUCCUUCUGUUUUAAGCAAAUUGAAAGGGGGGUGUGAAUAACUUUUUUCUUCACGUUUGUAUUUUAGGUCAGUGGUGUUCACCAUAAAUUUAGGUCGAUUGUGACGUCAAAAUGACGUAAAUUUGGCCAAAAUCCGCCAUGUUUUUGGCCACACAUUUUUGACUGACGAGGUAUUGGAGCACGAUCUCCAGAUAUAUUAAGUAUAGCUCAGUGUUCAGAACGCCUAGCAGAUUUCAGUAUUUUUAAUAUGGCGGAAAAUUUAUAAAUACAAAUAACCUUGUAAAUACGACAAUGUUCGUUGAUCAUGUUCGAUGUCUACAUAACCAAAUUUAAACUGUGCUCAAUGAAAAAAAUUUAUAUACAAAUUUACGAUACCGAGUCUGAGCAAUGGUCGUAUAUAAUCGUUGAUGUUAUUUAUAUACUCGCAAGUUGUGAUCAACACAGACCAUACUGGUAUACAAAACUACGCUUUCUACUUGACAUGUAGAGAUUUAAGUAGCUGAGGAGAUUGGAAAUAUUUGCCUGACAUGACUGUUUGUCAAAACAUUUUUAGUCGGAGACUCCGGCAUAAUUUUCAAGCUUCUAGAUAGCAUUUAACAUGGCUUUAUAUUUUAGUGAACACGAGUCAUAUUUUGCCCGUUAUUCCAUUCUGAUCGUAUGGUAGCGAAACGUAGACUAUUUCAUUGUUCCGACAGCAUUAGAGCAAAACUAAUGACUUAAUUAUAAACGCAAAGGAAAUUUCCAUAACAUUUUCCAUUUACAAAUGCGAUAUGCUUGGUAACCAGGUCAGGGCCCGUUUUUUUGAAAUCAGGGACCACUUUACCGAAAUCUGCUAGGCUCUCUCGCUGAAGCGUUCCGCACAGCACACCCAUGCAGGCAUAAAACUUUAAAGACUUAUUUAAAUAUAUCAAAGCAGCGAAUAGAGAGAGAGCCUGGGACUAGGCUGUUAGUUCCCGUAAAAAUAUUUCACUACCAAGAUGGGUGAAAUGAAAGUGAACGAUAUCGGGACGCAGCAAACGGCCUAUUAAUAAAAUUCAAUGAAACUUGGCACACCUAGUGGGUGCAUCUAUAUGAAUAUUUUUGGAAGGUCAUGUGGUUGCCAUGGCAACAGACUAGUCCCCAGUCUCUUCUCUUCCUUUUCACGAAUGUUCUCCUGUGGACCUCUGAUAGAGGAUGAUGUUUGUCAUGUUACUCUGAGUGUAUAUCCACACCGGGGGAGCUUGAAAGGUGGUAGAUUCGAUUCCCUCCGUGGCCGGGCAUAUUUUCAAGCUCGCUCGGUGUGGAUAUAUACUCAGAGUAACAUCACAAACAUCAUAUUUACCUGAGUACACAACACCAACACAGAAAAAAUCAUAUUACUAGAUUACAUGGUAUCGAAAGAACUAGAUUCUGUUCCGAAAUAUCACUUACUCGAACCGUCCUGACCGCGUAGUUCAUUUGGCAGAGCAUUGGGCUAGUAUUCCAAAGGUCGUAGGUUCGAUUCCCUCCGUGCAUAGUUUUCAAGCUCGCCCGGUGUGGUAUACACUCAGAGUAACAUCACAAACAUCAUAUUCACCUGAAUACACAACACCAACACAGAAAAAUCUGGAAGAGGAUGUUUGCAUGUUAUAACUGUUUAAACUGAUCACAAUACCUACACGUAUUAUAUUAAUGAGCGAAAAUUGCAGAAAUUGCUAUUUAUUUCGUUGGAAAUUGAUCACAUAGAAAUUGGAAGAAAAGGGAAUGGGGACGAGUGUGUUGCCAUGACAAUCAUAUAAACAAGCCAAAUUGUUGACCUUGUUACACCCACUAAGUUUGCCAAGUUUCAUUGAAUUUUAUUAAACGGUCACCAAGAUAUCAGACUUUCUUGUUAUUGCCAUAUCUCAAGUCCUUCUUGUGACGACACAACUCAAAAUAUACAAAGUGCGAUAACUUAAUGAGAUGAGAUACGAAUAAACUGUAAACGUCAUUCUUCAUUAUUUGAGCAGUAUCUUUUAAUAAAACAAUAAAAAAUGAGGCAAAAAUUUCGUUUCACAAGCACUAAACUUAAUUUUGAGUCGAAAACAUGCACCCAUGAGCAUAUUCAAACAUUUUCUAGAGGUAAAGUAAAUUUUAUAUUUAAAAAUUUGAGUAAAUUUUUAUUAGAUUUGAGUAUAAAUUUACUCAAAAUUUUAAGUUACUGUGCAUUAUUUUUUACUCAAGUUCUUGAGUCAAAAUUAUCAGUGGUUUUUGCAGUAAAGGAUAUUUAGUGUAUAAAACUGCACGACUGAUCAAGCAGCGUCCAUUCCACGCCCAUUCCACACUCAGCAAAAUGUUAAUUUUUAUUUCAUAGCACGUGUUCAUGAUCAGCCAAAUAAAUUACCAGAAUUUAAUGAGGUGCUAUAUAAUGAACAUUGUUACAUUGAUGUAGGGUUGGCGACCACAGCACUAAUGUGGAUUCCGAAGGAUAUCGUACGAAAGAUGAAGUGGAUUACUGGUUUAAUCAGGACAAUCCAAUUGUCAGACUAAGGUUUGUUUCAUAUAGGACCUCCAAAAGGUUUAGCUCGUAA